AAAACACUUCCCACUUCCAUACAAUCUUUCUUUCUGAUAACAAUACAGUUAAACCAAACACCAACCACUGAUUCCCCUCUUCUUCUUUGACAAAGAAAACACAAAACAGAAAAAAGAAAAAAAAUAUAGUAACAACAAAACUCAAGAAAAUGUCAGUAGCAUCAUCAUCUACUUUCCCCUGCAUUAAACUUCAAAACCUAUCCUCUUCUUCUACUUCUUAUACUUUCAGAUUCUCUACAAACAACCCCACCAUACUUACCAUAAGGAGUUCUCAAGCUGAUGGUCCAUUAAGAAGACCAGUAGCUCCUUCACCACCUACCCCUGUAAAGCCUAUCCCACCAUCUUCAAAUACUAGUGUUCCUCCUCCUAAGCCUGUGGCAGUGGCAACUGUUGAGGACAAAAAUGUAAUUACAAUGGAGUUUCAGAGGCAAAAGGCUAAGGCACUUCAAGAAUACUUCAAACAGAAGAAACUUGAAGAAGCUAAUCAAGGUCCCUUCUUUGGUUUUAUUGCCAAGAAUGAAAUUUCCAAUGGAAGAUGGGCAAUGUUUGGUUUUGCUGUCGGGAUGCUAACAGAGUAUGCAACCGGCUCUGACUUCGUCGAACAAGUUAAGAUCCUUUUCUCGAAUUUUGGGAUAGUAGACCUGGAGUGAAACUCUGCUGUAUGUAUUAUGAGAGGUAAAGAUUCUCUCCUCUGUAAUUCAAAUGUUAAAAUCCAAUUGUUUUUUGUAAGUUCUCUGUCCGAUUUUUCUAGUUUCUUUGUUUGAGCCAAUUGAUUGGAGUACACUGUAUCUUUCAACUCCUUUUACUUUUCAUGAAUAUAGAAAGUAUGUAAGUUUUGUCUAACAUAUCGUUUUCUCUCAUUGUCACCUUCUUUUUUCAUCUCCUUCUUCAGUUUGAAAAAGGUACUUAUUGAUA